AUGGCAAAGCACACACACCAAGUCCUCAUCUCUAGAGCUAUGAGCUCGAUGUUGACGCCCCUGGCUUAUUCCCAUGUAAAAUUUCCGAGAGUGGCCGUGCUAGUGGAAGACACGGCUUCGCUUUUUUACAAAGCACUGAUAUUUUCCGAACGAGCGAUGUCAGGACUUUUACACCAAGCAUUCUUGCUCAUUUGGUAUAGCAAAAACCGUGUGCACUGCGCUGCGAACAUGUCACUCGCUGGAUCAUCGACCCAAACCUUGUCCUUCCCCGAUUACAGCGACUCAAACACACCACAGGACAAAUGCAGGCAACCUUUAGAAUCAGCAAAGAAGCGAGUGAUGUGGAGGAAGGUGCUUUCGGGAAUAUGCACAAUAUCACUCCUGAGCUUUCUACUUGCAACCGCGGCACUCAGCAUUGCCAUCGGCUUAUUAUUUACCAACCGCCUCACAGCUCUGGACGCCAUGUCAGGGCCACAGAAGUUUGAUCUUGGAAAUUGCGGAUCUUCCUGGCAAGAAGCUGAGGCCAAAGGUGAGCGAAUCAAGAUGGACCGUGUACCACACUGGCAGAUUUUAAUCACCUGGCGGCUAGGCUGUGUGUUUGAUGUCAUGGCAACCGAUUGGGUCCGCGCUGAAUGCAAGCACAAAGAACUCUCCGACGUACUUUUCGCACAAGGCAACUGGACGUUCUAUCGAGAUGCGGAAGCAACUCAAAUCAUUCCGCAUGAGGAGUUGCUGAAAGGCAGGAUAUCUCCUUACUACACCAAGGGCGCGUAUCAUUUCAGCCAUUGUGCGUAUGUCUGGCACAAACACGUCCGCUCGAUGGGCAAGGAGUCAAUGCUUCUCGAUAGCAAGAGUCGAAAUUGGGAGCAUUCUCUGCAUUGCCUGUAUAUGCUGGCCAAAGCCGAUACUAGCUACAUUAGCAACAAAACAUCGAGCAAGACGGUGCUGGGGCAAACUAAGACUGGGGACUCGGUUUCAUGUGUCGCUGCUUUGAACAUUGAUAAUGCGUUGAUCUAUGAUGCGUAA